AUGCAUUUAACUGCGACGCUUCCGCGAGACGCAGGAGGCAAGUGGAUUUCUGGAGAUAUAGAUCCUGCGGAGUGGACGGCUGAGCGGCCGCCACAACACCGCAAGGCUCAACUUCGAUAGUCGCGCGGGGAUUUGGGGUUUAACGUUGGUCGGGUUGCACCAACAAGCCUCGCUGCCUUAUCUCGAAAUCGCUACCCCCCGGAGCCUGUACCUCGGGCAUCCCGAAGGACCGGCAAACAGUUGCCCGGGUUCACCGCGAUUAACGACGGCUUAUAAAACGAACCGCCGCUUGGAAGAAGCGGAAACGAAGAAAAGAAGGGAGGACACCGUGUCUCGGUUCACAGGCGGGAAGCUCUACUUCACGAUGAAAUAUUCAAGUUCCGUCGUCUUUAACGCGAUGACGACGAAUCAAGACGGUGGUUUACACGAGAACGGAAGAAAGAAGACGUCGGCGAGGAGUACUCGAACGAGGGAAACCACUUUUGGAAUAUUGCCGAUAUCGGAAUCGAUGCGUUUAAGAGAAUCCUAUUCACCGCGUCUAGCUGAAUCUGUGUCUAGUCACGGAAGGAAGAACAAUGUAAAUAGCGAUCGGAAGCUCGUCCGAGCUAGCUUGCUUUUAGCUUGA